CUUCGUGACUUUCGCUCGCUCUUCUUUUUCUCUCUUCGCUCCCGCACUCGACAUAAAAUCCCCCGAAACCCGCGUCGAUUUCAGCGCUCGAUCACCGCCGUUUCGCCGCCGCCGCCGCCGAACCCGUCUCCUCUUCCUCGUUCCUUUCUCUCUGGUUGGCCGGGCUCCGUUGAGCUCCGACUCACCUCCUCGCCGUCGUCCUCGUCCUCCGAUUGGCGGGCCGAUUCGAUGCGAUGGGCUGUGCCGGAUCUCGGGCCAAAGGAGAUGACUCUUCUAAGAGAAUUAGGAAGCCAAAACCUUGGAAGCAUCCUGAACCAAUUACAAGGACACAACUGAUGAAGCUGCGUGAGGAGUUUUGGGACACGGCACCUCAUUAUGGUGGGAGACCAGACUUGUUAAGCAAUUUAAUUCUGCUUUCAGAGAUAUGGGAUGCCCUGCAUGCUGCAGCAGAAGCAGAUCUAACGCUUGCCCAAGCAAUUGUGGAUAGUGCUGGUGUGAUUGUUCAGAGAGCUGACUUGACAAUAUGCUACGAUGAAAGAGGUGCGAAGUACGAAUUGCCCAAGUACGUUUUGAGCGAGCCAACCAAUUUGAUUGAUGAUAAUUGACAAUGGAGGCGGGGCAGAUUUUGCUCUGCUUCGUGUGUAAAUCCUGUGAAUUGAUAUCGAUAGUUUGGUACAACAAAUUGCAUCAAAGUGGAGGACAUUCAGGCAUUUUAAUGAUGCACGCAUCAAUACAAAUGUUACGUGACUUCUGCCGCACGAGAUGUAUAACUUCCACAGUUUCAUAUGGUUUGUUUCAUUAGUAGCUGAACCUUCUAAAGAAACGUGAAAAGUAAUUAAUUCAGGUGAUUGUUAAAGUGGAAA